GGCGCUGCCCACUGUCCCCAUGGUGGGCGCCUCCCGCGGCGGGGACCCGUGAUCAGCAGCGGCAUGCCAGGGAAGCCCAAGCACCUGGGCGUCCCCAACGGGCGCAUGGUUCUCGCAGUCUCCGAUGGAGAGCUGAGCAAUGUGGCCGGGCCCCAGGACCAGGGCCGGGGCAGCUCCCUCAGCAUCCACAGCCUCCCCAGUGGUCCCAGCAGCCCCUUCCCCACCGAAGAGCAGCCUGUGGCCAGCUGGUCUUUGUCCUUCGAGCGGCUGCUACAGGAUCCAUUGGGCCUGGCUUACUUCACUGAGUUUCUGAAGAAGGAGUUCAGCGCCGAGAACUUGACUUUCUGGAGGGCCUGCGAGAGCUUCCAACAGAUUCCAGCCAGCGACAAGCAGCAGCUAGCUCAGGAAGCCCACCGCAUCUACCAGGAGUUCCUAUCCAGCCAGGCGCUGAGCCCCGUGAACAUCGACCGGCAGGCGUGGCUGGGUGAGGAGGUGCUGGCACAGCCCAGGCCAGACAUGUUUCGGGCGCCGCAGCUUCAGAUCUUCAACUUGAUGAAGUUCGACAGCUACGCGCGCUUCGUCAAGUCCCCGCUGUACCGCGAGUGCCUUCUGGCCGAGGCCGAGGGCCGCCCGCUGCGGGAACCCGGCUCCUCCCGCCUGGGCAGCCCCGACGCCACGAGGAAGAAGCCGAAGCUGAAGCCCGGGAAGUCACUGCCGCUGGGCGUGGAGGAGCUGGGGCAGCUGCCGCUGGCUGAGGGUCCUGGGGGCCGCCCGCUCCGCAAGUCCUUCCGCAGGGAGCUGGCUGGUGGGGCUGCACAUCUGCGCCGCGAGUCUCAGGGGUCCCUGAACUCCUCUGCCAGCCUGGACCUCGGCUUUCUCGCUUUUGUCAGCAGCAAGUCAGAGAACCAGAGCCACCGGAAGAGCCUGGGGAGUGCAGAGGGUGAGAGUGAAGGGCAAGGGCGUCCAGGGAAGUACUGCUGCGUGUACUUGCCUGAUGGAACAGCCUCCUUGGCCCUGGCUCGCCCUGGCCUCACCAUCCGGGACAUGCUGGCAGGCAUCUGUGAGAAACGAGGUCUCUCUCUCUCUGACAUUAAGGUCUACCUGGUGGGCAAAGAUCAGAAGGCCCUGAUCCUAGAUCAGGACUGCACCGUGUUGGCGGACCAGGAAGUACGGCUGGAGAACAGGAUCACUUUCGAGCUGGAGGUGACCGCGCUGGAGAGGGUGGUGCGAAUCUCCGCCAAGCCCACCAAGCGGCUGCAGGAGGCGCUGCAGCCCAUCCUGGCGAAGCACGGCCUGAGCCUGCAGCAGGUGACACUGCACCGGCCUGGCGAGAAGCAACCUCUGGAUCUGGAGAAGCUAGUGAGCUCCGUGGCGGCCCAAAGACUGGUUUUGGACACUCCUCCAGGUACUAAGAUCACCAAUGCCGGUGACCUGUCCCCCCACCGCAGCCAGAAAACCACCUUGCUCAGGACCCAGGACAGGGCCGCUCACUCCCUUCCACUCCCCCCCAACUCGCUGGCCGAGCUGGCUAAGAAGCGGCAGACUUGUGACAUCGAAGGCCUGGUAGAGCUACUAAACCGGGUACAGAGCAGCGGGGCCCACGACCAGAGGGGCCUUCUUCGCAAAGAGGACCUAGUGCUUCCAGAAUUUCUGCAGCUGCCUCCCCAAGGGCCCAGCGCCCAGGAAGCACCCCCACAGAUGGACUCAGAGGCCUCGUCCAGGGGAGGCCACUUGGACUCGGCCCUCUGACAGCUACCCGCAGUCCUGGCUGGCUGCAUGGCACCUGAGGAAGCAUGCCGCAGUUCCCUCUGCAUGCCCUGUCUGUGCCACAAGUGCCCCUGUCCCCUUUUCAUGGGCAGGACCCAUGGGGAAGUGGAAAAGGGUGGAGAGGGGGCUCCGGAGAGCCACACCCCACAGCUACCCUCCCCUAGCCCCUCACAGGCAUGUCCACUGUCCCCUUGCAUCUAACCCCCUGCGGGGAGAGGUGGGCCCAAUCCAGAGAGACAUUGUUGGCAAUGCCAGCCCCCCUCCCCUCUGCUAGCGCUCAGUGGGGGGAGGGAGGACCCCUCCUCAGGGAGCUGGUCUGAGUCCAGGUUGGGGGUGCAGAUGGGUACAGAUGGGACUGUCUGUAUUUUGCAGUUGGCUUUGGGGCAGCUGGGUAUGUCCUGGAUGUAUGAUACUGUUAUUAUAAUAACUAUUAUUAUUCUGUCA